UUCACUGCACUGGCAGUGUUUGCUGGAAGCCCGCUCCGCGCUGCUUCUACCAAGUGUCUCAACACUGUGAGCGGGAUCUCUUCCAGAAGCGAGCCGCUGAAACUUGCCCAGUGUCCACAGUCUGAUUUAGGGGAGCCAACAGAACAGCAUCGGUGGCUAUAAGGAGGCUUUUCUUUACAGCACCCCGUCAUCAGACAUUGAAAAAGCCCACAUUCUGUGUUUGUUACUCUGUCACUAGUCUUUUUUUUUUUUUGGUUUUUAUUUUUUUUAUUUUUUUCAACGCCUACCUUGUUUGUUGCUGCUGCAUCGGGAGUGAAUGCACAGCGGAGCGCCGCGACUUGAUGAGCCGCUCAUAGCGGUGCUUUGAGGUGUUGAUGAGUUAGGACUGAGCGCACAGCAACACCUUGCAUGCCAUGGAAGUGCGCGUCCGGCGCAGGGGGGAUGUGUGCAGGCUGAGAAGGGGACUCUGAUAGCCAGCCGCUCUGUCCCAGAUUAAAGGGGGGGAGGCAUGCCUCAGACCUGCAGACCAACUCUCAUCGCUGCAGAGGAGAUUCCACCAGACUUUAUUUACACAAUCUGACAUAUUAUUUUUUUUAACAAAUCACAUUUAAUUUCUUUCCAAACUGACUUUUUUUUUUUUACCAUGUCAUUUUGGCGACUACCACUACAUUUCAUAAAAGGGGAGAAAAUCGAUCAUGAUCGUCUUUGAAAUCAGUUGGCUUGGACUUUUCUAAUCAGAAGCUGUUAGCCACGACACCAACCUGCCACAAAGCAUCAAUACUCGGCACCAUGGCAUGCUGCCUGUGGACACUACACACCCUUUGCUGGUUUCUCAUCACUCUGACCCAAGUACACUCCACAGAGGGGUUUAGCAGAGCUGCCCUUCCGUUUGGCUUAGUGAGGAGAGAGCUGUCUUGUGAGGGUUACCCCAUUGAUCUUCGCUGUCCAGGGAGCGAUGUCAUAAUGAUUGAAAGCGCCAACUAUGGCCGAACAGAUGACAAGAUUUGCGACGCCGACCCCUUCCAAAUGGAGAACAUCAACUGCUAUCUUCCAGAUGCCUACAAGAUCAUGUCACAAAGAUGCAACAAUCGCACCCAGUGCAUUGUGAUCACAGGUUCAGAUGUCUUCCCUGACCCCUGCCCAGGGACCUACAAGUAUCUGGAGGUCCAGUAUGAAUGUGUGCCCUACAGUCCAUGUCCAACCAGAAUAGGACCAAGAACACAGAAUGUUUCCUAUCACAACUGCCCUGAAGUGGAGCAAAAAGUUUUUCUUUGUCCUGGGACUCUGAAAGCUGUCGGUGAGCCUUCCUUUCGGUUUGAGGUGGAGCAGCAAGCUGGGGCCUGGUGCAAAGACCCACUUCAAGCUGGCGACAAAAUCUACUUCAUGCCUUGGACUCCUUACAGGACAGACACGUUAAUUGAAUAUUCCUCCCUUGAUGAUGUCCAAAAUGCCAGGCACACUAUCACCUACAAGCUGCCUCACCGAGUGGACGGGACUGGAUUUGUGGUUUAUGAUGGGGCCGUGUUUUUCAACAAGGAGCGAACGCGCAACAUUGUGAAGUUUGAUCUGCGGACUCGCAUCAAAAGCGGCGAGGCGAUAAUUAAUAACGCUAAUUACCAUGACACAUCGCCCUACAAGUGGGGAGGCAAAACAGACAUCGACCUGGCAGUGGACGAGAAUGGUCUUUGGGUGAUAUAUGCCACAGAGCAGAACAAUGGCAUGAUGGUUAUCAGCCAACUGAACCCGUACACACUUCGGUUUGAGGCUACGUGGGAAACUGCGUAUGAUAAGCGCUCAGCCUCCAAUGCCUUCAUGGUUUGUGGAGUACUCUACGUUGUGCGCUCCACCUAUGAAGACAAUGAAAGCGAGGUCAGCAAGAGCCUGAUAGAUUACAUUUAUAACACAAAACUGAAUCGUGGGGAAUUCGUUGAUAUCCACUUUCCCAAUCAGUACCAGUACAUUGCAGCUUUGGAUUAUAAUCCCAGAGAUAACCAGCUCUAUGUUUGGGAUAACUUUUACGUCCUGCGAUACAACCUGGAGUUUGGCCCGCCUGACCCUGCUCACGCACCACCUCUGUCAGAAGUCACAACUGCCAUUCAGCCCCAGAGGACUACCACCGUGACUACAACAACCACGGCCCACCGGGGUGCAGCUAACACCACCACGACUGUGCUUAAGGAGGGCAGCAGGCGGGCGCCCAGGCCGCCGCCUGUAAUCCUACAGACAACUUCCCCUCCGCCUCUGGAGUCGUUCCCCUUACCUGAGCGCUUCUGCAAGGCUACUGAGAAAAGAGACAUAAUGUGGCCUCAGACCCAGCGGGGUAUGGUGGUGGAGCGACCUUGUCCUAAGGGGACACGAGGCACAGCAUCUUAUUUAUGUGUUCUUUCAACUGGGGACUGGCACCCGAAGGGCCCUGAUCUUAGCAACUGUACCUCCCACUGGGUCAACCAGCUGGCCCAAAAGAUCCGCAGUGGUGAAAACGCAGCUAACUUAGCCAAUGAGCUGGCCAAGCACACCAAAGGCCAGAUCUUCGCCGGUGACGUCAGCUCAUCUGUGCGUCUAAUGGAGCAGCUGGUGGACAUCCUCGAUGCUCAGUUGCAGGAAUACAGACCCAGUGAGAAGGAUUCUGCUGGACGAAGCUUCAAUAAGCUUCAAAAACGAGAAAGGACAUGCAGGGCAUACAUGAAGGCCAUGGUGGACACAGUGGACAACCUUUUGCGACCGGAGGCCUUAAAGUCAUGGCACGACAUGAACAGCACAGAGCAAACUCAUGCCGCCACCAUGUUAUUGGACACUCUGGAAGAGGGCGCGUUCGUCCUAGCAGACAACCUCAUGGAGCCUGCAAUCGUCAAGGUUCCCGCAGAUAAUAUAAUCCUUGAUGUGUAUGUGCUCAGCACAGACGGCCAAGUCCAGGACUUUAAAUUUCCACAGUCAAGCAAGAGUGGGAUUUCAAUCCAACUGUCCGCCAACACCGUCAAGCUCAAUAGUCGAAACGGUGUUGCCAAGCUAGUUUUUGUCCUGUACAAAAACCUAAGCCAGUUCCUCAGCACAGAAAACGCCACUAUCAAGAUGGCCAAUGAGGCCUAUGGUCGCAAUGUGACAGUGGCUGUCAAUUCUGACAUCAUCGCCGCCUCGAUCAACAAAGAGUCAAGCCGUGUUUUUAUUAAUGACCCUGUCAUUUUCACCUUGCAGCACAUUGACAUGGAGCACUACUUCAACUCCAAUUGCUCCUUCUGGAAUUACUCUGAGAGGAGCAUGAUGGGGUACUGGUCCACCCAAGGCUGCAAACUUGUGGACUCAAACAAAACGCAUACAACCUGCGCUUGCAGCCAUCUCACCAACUUUGCAAUUCUUAUGGCACAUCGGGAAACUUCAGGCCGUGUUCAAGAUCACCAUGAACUUCUUCUUACUGUCAUCACUCGGGUCGGCAUUGUGGUGUCCCUUGUCUGCCUGACCAUCUGCAUCUUCACCUUCUGCUUUUUCCGGGGCCUGCAGAGCGAUCGCAACACCAUCCACAAGAAUCUGUGCAUUAAUCUCUUCAUUGCAGAGUUAAUAUUCCUAAUUGGUAUCGAUAUGACAGAACCCAGGAUUGGAUGUGCCAUCAUCGCUGGAAUCCUCCAUUUCUUCUUCCUCGCUUCCUUCUCCUGGAUGUGUCUAGAGGGAGUGCAGCUAUACCUCAUGCUCGUCGAAGUCUUUGAGAGUGAAUACUCACGAAAAAAGUACUACUAUGUGUCGGGGUACCUCUUCCCUGCAAUCGUGGUCGGCGUUUCGGCAGCCAUUGACUACGGUAGUUACGGGACCCACAAAGCGUGCUGGCUAAGUGUGGACAAUCAUUUCAUAUGGAGUUUUAUAGGACCGGUCACCUUUAUCAUCAUGCUCAAUCUCAUCUUCCUGGUAAUCACGAUGUAUAAAAUGGUGAAGCACUCUACCACCCUGAAACCAGAUUCGAGUCGACUGGAGAACAUAAAUAAUUAUCGCGUUUGUGACGGCUACUAUAAUACAGAUUUGCCUGGCUAUGAAGAUAAUAAACACUUUAUCAAGUCUUGGGUCAUGGGAGCUUUUGCCCUGCUGUGCCUGCUGGGUCUCACUUGGUCCUUUGGCCUCUUCUUCAUCAGUGAGGCCUCCAUUGUUAUGGCAUACCUAUUCACGAUAUUCAACACUUUCCAAGGAAUGUUCAUCUUCAUUUUCCACUGCCUUCUUCAGAAAAAAGUCCGCAAAGAGUACAGCAAGUGCUUCCGCCACACAUACUGCUGCAGAGGGCUGCCCACUGAGAGCUCGCACGGUUCCACAAAGACUUCCACAACACGGACUAGUGCACGCUACUCUUCUGGUACACAGGUAGACCAGCAGCUUUACACAAGUCGAAUCAGGAGAAUGUGGAAUGACACCGUAAGAAAGCAAUCUGAGUCCUCCUUUAUCUCAGGUGACAUCAACAGCACCUCCACCCUUAACCAAGGAAUGACUGGGAAUUAUCUACUAACAAACCCUCUCCUGCGACCACAAGGCACUAACAACCCUUAUAACACCUUACUGGCUGAGACAGUCGUGUGUAACACCCCCACAGCUCCAGUGUUUAACUCACCAGUGACCUACAGAGAGACAAGGCACUCACUGAACAGUGCGGUGAGGGAUACAAGUGCAAUGGAUACUCUACCGCUAAAUGGUAACUUUAACAAUAGCUACUCCCUCCGUAAUGGGGACUUUGGUGACAGUGUGCAGGUAGUGGACUGCGGACUGAGCUUGGACGAUGCUGCCUUUGAGAAAAUGAUCAUCUCCGAGCUUGUGCACAACAACCUGCGUGCCUGUAACAAAAGCCACCAACAGCAGCAGCACUCCAGUUUACGUCACCCACCCCACCGCCAGCAGCCACCUCUGCCACCGCAGUAUCACCAUCACCACCACACGGAGCGGGCUCCCCCCAAGGUGACAGUGGUAGGUGGCAGCAGUAGGGAAGACAAUGCCAUUGUGGCUGAUGCUUCAUCUUUAGUUCAUGUGGGCGACACGGGGGGCCUGGAGCUGCGUCAUCAGCAGGAGCUGGAAGCACCACUCAUCCCCCAGCGGACUCACUCGCUUCUGUAUGCACCACAGAAGAAGGUGAGGACGAAUGGGGAAGUCGAUACCUUUGUCAGCCCACUGGUGACCACAAACCCCGACGAUAGUCCACAGUCCCCCAACAGAGACUGUUUGUACACUAGUAUGCCCAAUAUUACAGACUCUCCAUGUCCUGAGAGCAGCCCCGAUGUGGAGGAGGUCUCCUCUACCAAAGGUAGCGAGAAUGAGGAUGUUUAUUACAAAAGCAUGCCUAACUUGGGGGCUGGCCAUCAGCUCCAGGCCUAUUACCAGAUAGGCAAGGGAACCAGCGAUGGCUACAUUAUUCCAGUUACAAAAGAGGACUGCAACCCUGAAGGUGAUGUACAAGAAGGACAGAUGCAAUUAGUGACAAGCCUUUAAAUGUAUUUAAAUCAUCCCCACUAUCCUGACACAAACCUGACCUCUUUCAGGACACACCCACUGAAGGAAAAACAAGUGUUUUGUUUUAUUUUUAAAUAGAGCCUUGAAGUUUAAACUCUGUCACAUACACAUAUAUGCUUGGCAUCUACAGACUUCCUCUCUUCCAUCCGUGUUGCCAUUUCUUUCCUUGCAGACUUAGGGACCUGCAGCUCAGUAACAGCAGCGCAACAUUAUCAAGAGAAUGUACAUAAAUCGAAGAGUCAGAUUCCAAUUUUAAGAGACAAGCCAACGAUGUAUUUAAAUGUGCCGCUGCUGUUGAGUUAUUAAGAAAAGCAAAGUUGUGAAAACAUAAGAAGAGUAGAAAAAAAAAAAAAAACUUUUACAAAAUAUAGAAAAUUAACAUAAAAAAAAUUACAGGCAACAUCCAAACAGGAAUUUCCCUCUUAAAAGGUUGUACAUACACCUUCCAUCUUUCAAGCUGAACCAUCAUUUUUGUUUGUUUUAUUUCUACACCCCCGGACCAGGACAUGGACUUGUUCGUAAAAGAAAUUCCUGAUCAGACUGUUAGAAAGGAAUAUCAGGUCCUGGCUGCUUCCCAUCACCGUCAAGUUUGGAUUGUAUAACCACUAGCAAUCAAGCCCCUGGCCUUAUAUUUUCUCAACUGUUCCUUAUACUGUUGUUAAGGAGAAAUUGCUCAAAUAUAUAUUUUGUUGUAUUGCUGGUGUAAAAUAAGAACUCAUUGGAUGGGGUUGGGGCAAAAAGCCUAAUCAUAAAGACACUUUUUAUUUGCAAAAUUUUAACACUUGAGGGACUAUUGUAUAAAAGUUGCACAUAAGUCAUACAGUGUGUUUAUGGUACCAACACUUCAUUCAUGGUUGUAUGUUUGAGCGUAAAGGCCUAUUAAAAGAAAGGAGUCAAACAAUGCAUCACUUUAUAACUUGUGACCAAGGUUUUGUUUACUUCUUUUCUUUUAGUAAUUUGAGUUGGUAUUGAUAGACCUUUGGAAUAUCUUUUUCUGAAUUUGCCAAAGGGACAUUGCUUUAGUAGAAGGGUAUUGCAACAACCCAGUAAAAGUGAUUUAUUAAUUGCACAGUUUUUGUCAUUAUUUUGAUUAAAAUAGACCUUUUAACAAUCACAGCAGAGUGAUGGAAAGGCACUGCUGAGAUAGAGACUGCUGACUUUUGAAAAUAAAGUUUUUAUCCUAAAUGCAGAUCUUCCGGUUUAAAUAUUUUAUUUAUUAAAAUCUUUCCAAAAACGUUAAUAAAUAAAUAAAUUGGGAAAUUUGUGAACAAGUUCCCACACUGGUAUACAUGCUGUACUGUAGCUCAUGUUUUUUAUGUAAACAUAAGGGGCUUAUCACUUAAGACUGAUGUAAAGUUCAACACUUGUUUAACAAAUACAAUAAAUGUGAGAUUUUUUGUCAACAUACAUGUUGCUUUUUUAAUGGCUUGUGUUUUUGUUAUAUCUUUAGGAAAGUAGGUUCAAUCAUGUUGCUAUAUAUAAGCGUAAAACACUUUUGACUCAGGUUUCUAGUAAGUCCAGAGCACUUUGAAAGGCAAGAUGAUAAACCUUGUAUUCUGGAGACUUUUUUUUUAUCCUGCUAUUUCUUCAAUCGCUGCAGAGUAGAAUCAGCUCACCAUAUGUGUUAGGGGAGCCAAAUUUGCCCGUGUGAUUUAAAAAUAAGAAACUCAGGUAGGAUUGCAUUGUAAAUGUUUUUUUGUGUGGUUGUACCACUAAUAAAGGUUUAAGAAUGACA